ACAAUAAGAAAAUUGUUUGAGGUUAUUAUGUGAUGUGUGUAGUUGUAGUUAGGCCUAUUAAAUAUUUUAUUAUUGUAACUUAUCAAUAUCUCUUUCAAUAACACCUUGAGUCUUUGUACAUUUUUAGAAACAGCCACCUGAAUUUAUAAUGGGGAAAAAGAAGCAAGCUCAAAGAACUAAAAACAAUGUUGUGCCAGCAAACAGUGGUCGUAGUGCAGAGUUACUACAGUCAACUUCAGGUGUUCCUUUUCUUGGAUUCAGCACUUUAAAAGAAGGAGGGUUUAUACCUAUUCUAACUGGGCUUAGUGAUGAACUGGAUCAUACCAUUAGUGAAGAUUUUCGCCUCGUUUGGAAAAAGAUGAACAAGAAAGAUACAACAACAAAGUUAAAGGCUCUAGAUGAGUUCAAAAAGCUGUGUCAAGAGUCAGAUGUUGAGGCCCUGAAACCUGUGUUGCCUUAUUGGCCUCGGUUAUUCUCCACACUCACAACUGAUGAGGAACAUCGAGUACGCGAGGGCGCACACUCUGCUCAUCGUGCUCUUGCUAGCAAGGCUGGCCGCAACAUCGCACCAUACCUCAAACAGCUGGUUGGACCUUGGUUCACAGGUCAACAUGACACUUAUCCUCCGGCAGCUUCAACAGCGGAAUCCUCCUUUCAGGAGACUUUUCCUCCGAACAAGUUGGUGGAAGUUGUUGUAUUUUGCCAGUAUGAGAUCCUCAGCUACAUUUGCAGCAAUCUGCUCGACCAGACACCUCAAUCCCUCGUCAACAACCAGAACUGCAGCCAAGAAAUGAAGGAUGCAAGAUACCAACGAGUGGUGGUUAGUUGUUUGAAUGGAUAUGCUCUUUACCUACAACAACUUCCUGUGGAACACUUGCGCAAGGCUGAAGAGGCCAACUUACGAUUGGUCUCCUCUCCCAAGUUUUGGAGAUUCAACAAGGAUCCAGCACCUUUAGUGAGAGCUGCCUGGUUCACAGCAUUAGUCGCCCUGUGUGAGAAGGCCCCAUUUCUAUUGUCUCAGGAAGCCAAGCAUGCCUGUAUGGCUGUCUUCUCCAAUAUUGACGAGACUGAUCCAACAGUGGUUUCCAGUGUAUGGCAAGCUGCAUUACUUUUGUUUUCUGUUGUUGAGGAUGUAUGGAAACAUGUGAGCCUUGAGAAGCUAGUGAUGCCCAAGCUAUUCAAAGUGCUGCGGGAAGGAGCUGACGGCAAUGCCAGUCUCAUUUUUCCAAAUCUCCUUCCUCUCCUAAGCAAGAUUCCAACAGAUCAACUUGCGGACAAAAAUAGCUUCUACAAAAAGUGUUUUGAGAACCUGAGAGCUGGGUUGAAGGUUCGCAAUGUACAGAUCAGUGCCAAGGAGAGUAGUGUCGUGGUGUUAACAGUCCUAGAAUGUGUGCGUUACCUCGUCAGUACCAACACUGACAAUGAGGCAAUGUGUCAGGCUCUACUAACUGUCAGGUUGAAGGUUCGCAAUGUACAGAUCAGUGCCAAGGAGAGUAGUGUCGUGUUGUUGACAGUCCUAGAAUGUGUGCGUUACCUCGUCAGUACCAACACUGACAACGAGGCAAUGUGUCAGGCUCUCCUAGAAGAGCAGGUAUUUCCUAUGUUGGAGACGGUUAUGUCGGAGACCAAGAUGCAGCUGGCCAGACCAAGUAUGUUCUCAGGUGUUGCCAGUCUGGUCAACGUGUGGGGACAACAGGAAUCUCCCAUCUACCUCAACCUUACAAGGCUCUUCUGGCAACGGUUGGCAAGCUUGUGUGAAGUAGCUCUGCGCAACAAUAUUGUAGACUAUCCCACACUGGCCAACUUCUGUGCUGCUCUUGACACACUACUCAGUUCUUUGAAGAGCCCUCACGCUCAGUCAAGGAAAGGUUUUAAGGUAAAGUUUGUGUCAACAAAAAAAUCAACAGAUGAGGAAAUUGAGUCGUUGCCCACAAUAGAAGAUUCACAUUUUGCCCCAUCAUACCUUUUGUUUCGCAGUGACUUUGUGAAAGGGCGGAUCAGUUUGUGUCUGGAACUGAUGAAGGACUGCAGUACCAAGGCAAGAGCAUUACUAAUUAUGCACCUGGCCGGGGUAGUGGAAGUCUACGACACUGAAGAUACAUUCAAGCACAUUCUGGCUUCAACGCAGCUAACUUGGUGUCGCCUGUAUCGUACUCAGCUGGGGCGAUGGCUCAGAGAUGAAGCUAUGCCUCUAGACUGCUGCCUCAGAGUCAUUUUCACUCUACUCAAAUAUGUCCCAGGCAAAGAUGAAGUGCAGAUGGUCUACACUGACUUGAGCGGGGAAGAAACUCUUGCCUUUCCAUGUAAUGAAGAGGAAUCUUCUCUGGAACCACUAUAUGUAAAGUGGCAAGAUAUUCUAGAGUGGGCACUAAAAGCAGAGAACCAAACACCGUGUGUGAGGGAGUGGAUAGUAUCAUAUGGCGGAGUGUGUAGGUUAGCAGCCCUGCUGACACGUCAGGACCCGUCGUACAACAUCCUGCAUAACUGUCUGCGCAACCUCCGUCAGAUCAAUUGGUUGACUACAGAAGCCCUUGCUGAGCUAGUUCGUCGUCUUCGCCAUAAUCUGGGGGAUUUGUCAGUGUCAGAGGAAGUAAAGAUUUGCUCAUCCGACUUGCUGCAUGCAAUGCUGCAAAACUCUGCCAACCACAGCCUACUAGCAAGGUUGCCAACACAAGAUCUGUGUACUACACUACUAGAGAUGUUUGUUGCUAGCUUGCAGAACCUUCCACACUUCCCUCACUGUUGGCAACACUGCUUGGCCGUACUGUCACACACUGAUCUCUGUUUAGCUUCUGUGUGUGAGACUUGCAUCGACCUUCUAGUUUCUGUAGUCAAAACGAGUACUAUGGACGUUGGUGAGAGCCAGCAGCUAGUCAAUGUGAUAGAGGACCUGGUCAUGGCGGGUGCUGGUGGGGAGGCUGCUGGGGCCGCCCAGCUGCUGACUGUAGUGUUGAACCGCCUGAGUGCCCGGCUCCGACCAGCCGCUGAGGCUGUGUGGGGUCUGUAUGUUGUCUCUGAGACUGUCACUGGAGGACUGAAGGGAUGUUCUGUGCCUUGUAGACAAUAUCGCUCUACCUCACCCAAAGAUCCACUUGCCGCUGUGCCGUUGCAACAGUACGUAACCACCAUGAUCCCUUUCCUAGUGAUCGUAAGGAAGCUGCAGACUCGUGAUGACAGUGAGGAUCAGUUCCCUUACACUCAGAUAAGAACAGCUUUAGCUACAGAUGAUCUGUGGGAUUGGAGUUUUCAGGUCCUGCAGAUGUACUCUUUGUGUGUUUCUACCAAAACACACUUUUUCUCGACAAAACAAUACUUCUUACUAAAAGAUAAGAUAAUUUUCAUUUUGGAGGAGUGUGGUCUAUUUAGUGAGCUAAAGGUGAAAGAUCUCAUCAAGCACUUAAGCAAAAGUGAUGACGAAGAAGGCAAUUCUCUACAGCAGUGCGAUGCGUUGUUCAACACCCAGAAAGAAGUAGUUCUGAGAGACUUAAAUAUGAUAUUUGAUUUUCACCAAAUUCAAAAAGAUUUACUCCAAUUCAAAGGCAAAAACGACUUGGUUAAUCAGUAUUAUUUUACGGAGGAAGUUCUAGAGAGGAUAGCUGUGACAGGCAAUAUAGAGCGUCGUCUGUUACCUGUAAUCAACAGCUGUCAACAGCGGCUGGUGGGGCUGAACAAGGCUGCAGACUCCACCAACAUCUCCUUGUUGGACCGAGUCUUCGAUGUCUACGUUGCUGAGUUGAACCAGGACAGAUCACUGUUGGAUCUGUCAGAUGAUGAGCUACUUCACAUAGCCGAGGUGGCAGACUUCACAAGUCACGCUGUGGAGCAUGGCAGCGCUCACCUGAAGCAGUCAUCAUGGGACGCUGCUCUGGUGGCCACAGCUGCUCUGUGUCACAGUGUUGCCACUACACUAGACAAGUGGCAGACACACUCGGCAACACUGCCUACCUCAUCUCCCACAUCUGCAAACACCGACACUAGCUCACAGCCUUGGCCUUUCAACCUCAUAGAAUUGAUUAGAGAUAACUCAUCGGUAGAAGAGGAGAAAGAAUUAAUCCGUUUACCUUUAGUGCGGGUGGUUUGCUCUGUAUGUAGGCUGUUCAACACACUCUCUGUACACCUAGCUUCAGUAGACCCAGAGGACAAGGCUGGUGUUACUCGUUGCACUGAAUGGACUGACGUUUUCCUGCCUGAAACGCAUUCAGCUCUUACUCGUUCUUGGAUCAUCAUAGCAGAUAUGCCAUGUGAGAGGCCGACUACAGUGCUACUUGUAGAAGCUUUGAGCAACUGUGUCGCUCUACAUGUCCAAUAUCCUCACUUUGUACCACAGAAUGACACUCUACAUUGUCUGGACACUAGCUGUCGUCUGCUACAAUCCUCGGAGACAGCUGUGCAGCUGGCAGCUUACCAGCUACUGCUUAGGUUGAUACCAGCCAUGGUCGAGCUUGAUAUGAAGCAUUGUGAGAGUGAUAACAUUGCUCUGAGCUGUCAACACGUAGAUCAGACCCUGGUCUACACUCAGUCCAUCAUAGAUGUCAUCUUGUCUGGCCUCAGUUUUGGUGACUUAUGUAUUGUUGAGCCAUGGACAGACAGCUACACGUACACUCGCUGCUAUCUACUGCUGUGGAGUGCUCUGUUGGAACUGUGCUCCCACUCGUGCUCUCAGCUGAGGGCCCUCUACACUACAUGGCUCAAGGAGGAGUAUCUACCAGUAUUUAUGAAGACAGUGUUUUGUUUGAUGCCCGAGGCUGCUGUCCAUGGUGAAAUGCCAAGCCAGCGAAUUGCUCAACUAUUCUCCAAACCUCCUCAAUUUAAUAAAGGGGUGUGGAGCAGUGAGCGGCUUGCACAACUGAGCUGCUGGGUGUUCUCAUGCAGCCUGCGCCGGCUGCCAGCUGCCAUACGUCAGUGGUGGAACGAGGCAGAGCACCGCAUCUAUGGCUUGGUGGAGCAUGUCACAGCCACCUACGUCAGUCCAGACCUGUGUUCUGACGAGAUGAGAGCCAUCCAGAAUCAGGAAAAAAAAUUUGAAAACAUGGCGAUACAUGUUCACCCCACAACCAAGGAGGUAGCUGCAGUGUACACUCUUGAGGAGUCAAGAAUGGAACUAGUGAUAGAGCUGGCACACAACCAUCCUCUAGGGCUGGUGAAGGUGAGAAGUGGACAGAGAAUGGUGUCUACUUCACAAACCAGACAGUGGCUGCUACAGAUCACCAUACUGUUGACACAUCAGAACGGAUCCAUCUGGGAUGCACUAGAGUUGUGGAAGAACAGCUUGGACAAGAGGUUUGAGGGAGUCGAGGAGUGCUACAUCUGUUUCGCCAUCUUGCACAGCGUCAGUCACCAACUGCCCAAGUUGUCCUGUCAGACCUGUCGCAAGAAGUUCCACUCCCACUGCCUCUACAAGUGGUUCACAACCAGCAACAAAUCUACUUGCCCGAUCUGCAGAAAUUUGUUUUGAUUAAUCUAGGAACUGUUGUUAUUUUUUAAGUUUAUGAAACUGUUCAUUGGCUAAAUAAAUGUAUUAUUAUUUUA